AUGAGCGCAAGCGACGGAGGGAGAAGCAGUAAAAGGAGCGGCAAUGGCUGGUCCCGCGUAAAAAGGUGGUCUGCCAACGUUCCUGCCACUUAUGUCGAAGGAACGCAGAUGUUAACCGUGGAUGGAGCCCAGCAAACAGCAGUGGUGAAUCCCUCCUGGAAUCGGGGCUAUAACCCUGCUGAUUGCGCGUGGACGAGAGAAGGUGGGCUCAAACGGCACCGUACAGGUGACAACAAUGCGGAGGAUCGAAGGCUACGCCACAAGUCCAAGAUGAGUACGCUGUGCCCCAAGACGGAACCGUUAGGAAGUAGCAACAUGCCAUUUGACUCGGAAGGUAUCCAUACUUUUGAUGAAGGAUUGCUUUCUUUCUUGGCAGCAGUUGCUCCCGAUGAGGAAGCGCACCGCAAGGCGAGAUUGGUUAUGCAUGAUGUAGCACAAACUCUAUACAACGUCGGCUUGCAAGUAGCACUUUUCGGUAGUUGGUCUACAGGCCUUUGUAUUCCAAGCAGUGACAUGGAUUUUGCGGCCGUUUCAGUGAUACCACAUGUUGCCGGCAGAACGAACAACUCCAAUAUGUUCCGGAGGAACUAUGAAUACGGCGGAAGUUGUGGUAUGGUGACAGAGUCUCUCUUUGCAAGUUUGAGUGAUCCACCAGAAUUUAAAAGAGAGCGGCAAAGAAAUUACUCGUUGGCACUGCGGACUGUGGCGAAGAGCAUGCGGUCUUCAAAUUCCUUCUGUAGAAUCGUUUGUAUUCCACACGCCCGUGUGCCACUUGUUAAGGCUGUCCAUUCCUGUGGGAAAGCAGUUGAUGUCUCAUUCCAGAGCGAUGGUCUGAAAACCACAGCUUUUCUACGUGAUGAGUUCAGAAGAGAAGAAUUCCGUCGAGCUCGGGGGCUCAUCAUGUUACUGAAGGCUCUGCUUGACAAGUGGGAGCUUAACGAUCCCAGUAAAAAUGGCCUCGGGUCUUUUCCCGUAUCUAUUAUGGUUCUGUGGUUUCUGCGGGAGGAGGCACCAAAGGAAUGCACUGGUGAGUCAGGGAAUAACUAUGCCACCCAAUUUGUUGCUCUUCUGAAAUACUACGGCACACAAUUUGACUAUUUGAAGGAGGGAAUUGACUAUGCUAAGGGCUGCACGUUCACAAAGACGUCAACGGAACUGUUUAUUGUGAACCCACUGAAACCCGGUGCCAAUUGUGCUUCAUCUGCGACACUGUUCGAUUCCCGUGUCGUGCCGAAUCUGCGUGAGGCAUAUAGAGACCUUUUACCACUUCUUAAACCCAAUGUUACCGCGUGUUUGAUCGAGAGGACUCUUGGUAGAGUAUUUGGUGUUUCGCAGAAAGCCUUGAGCAGAGGCAAGGCAAUGUGGAAACACCGGCAGGACGCUCGUGCCUACGUUGGAGGCGCAACGGCGCAGCACCAGUGGGAUGAAUUGACAAACAUGUACGUAGGAAAUCCCAUUGGGGUGUAA